AUGACACUCGACAAUGCAUCAACAACAUCCACCCCCCGCUCCGUCUUCCCAAAGGGCCCCAGCUUCACCCUCGACGACUUCUCCAGCCGCGACUUCAUUGUAAAAGAAUUCAUCGAAGCCCUCUCCGACACCGCAAUCUCCAACCGCCGCUCAACAGUCCCACCCCCCACCACUACAUCCACCACAACCCCAAACCAACCCUUCGACCCCAAACCCCUCAUCCGCACCUUCGAACACGCCCAACGCCGCCUAGGCGAUCUCUCUGGCGAUCUCGAAAUCCGCGAAAACGAACUCUCCGCCGCGGUCCGCCGCGCAGAAGCCCAACACUCGCAGAACUUAACGACCCUAGGCCGCAAACUCCGCCAGACAAUCGAGUCCUUCCAACAACUCGACACUUCGCUGAAUGGAAGCAGUGGGUUAGACGCGGCGGGCGGGAAUGGCAAUGGCAAUACAGGGGGCGGGACAGGCAAUAUGGCCGUUGAAACGGGCAAAAAGCUCGAGGAACUUGAUCGGCAGCGUCGUCGGGCGCUGGAUGCUCAUUUCUUACUUGAGUGUUGGGAGGGCGUGAGUAAUCGCGGGGAAAUAUCGCUGCUGGAGAAUCUCCGACGGUCCGGGACGGCGGAGGCGAAGGUUCGAAGUGCGCAUAUUGCGAGGCAAUUGCUGAGAAUUAGCCAGCGGUUGGAUCCGCAGAGUUGGAGGGAGAAUUCCGGUGCUAUUACUGCGAAUGGGAAUGGGCUUGGAUAUGGGCUCGGACAUAAAGGAAGCGAAGGGAGUAAUGCGGCAAGCUCGAAUGCUUCUUCGGAAGAUGUUCGGGAGGGAGGUCCGCCGCGUCGCAAUACGCGGGAGGUUAUUGAGAAAUUCUCCGAGACGUUGGAGAAGGACUUGUUGAAGCAGUUUGAUGAUUUCUAUCGGAAGGCGAAUUUCGAUGGGAUGAAGGAUUGUGCGACUGUUUUGCAGGAUUUUAAUGGUGGGGCGAGUGUUAUUGCGCUGUUUGUUAAUCAGCAUCAGUUCUUUAUUGAUCGCAGUCGGAAUGAGCUGGAGGAGGUUGGUGGUGAUGCGGAUUCUUGGGAGCGCAUGGCUGAUCCUGAUGCGGAGUUGCCGGGCGUUGAGCCGAGUUUACAGUCUCUUCUUGAUGAGGUUAAGGUUGUUGUUCAGGAGGAGUCGGCGAUUAUUCGUCGGGCGUUUCCUUACUACGAGCAGGUGCUGGGUAAGUUUCUCCAGCGCGUGUUCCAGCAGUCGAUUCAGCAGCGGUUGGAGAUGGUGCUGGAGAAAGCUAGUGGGGUUUCUUCGUUGGCGUUUCUACGGUGUUUGCAGAGUUCGCGCGGGUAUAUCAGUGCUUUGAUUGAUGAUCUUAAAGCGCAUGGGUUGACGGAGCAUCCUGAGGCUAUUUCUUCUCAAAGUGCGCUUCUCUUGGAUCAGCAGCUGGAAGAGCUCUUCGUUCCCUACUUCGUUGGGUCUUCCUAUAUUGAACGCGAACGCCGGACGUUGGAGGAACUGUUCAAUGCGGUCUUGUUUAAAUUUACCACAUACCAAGCCCGUCGCAAGAAGGCCGCUACUACAUUCAUGGCUUCGCUCUCUCGACCCGGCACCGAGCUUCUCUCCACCGCACGCGAUGCGUUCAUCAGUCGCCUCGAUUCGCCCGAGGUCUCCCCGAUCCAGCGACGAAUGCUCCUACACGUCGCAAAGCUGGGCGAAGUCCCCGAGACAAUCCGAUUAACCGAGAUCAAACUCACCGAGGAAGACGGACAGCCGAGUCUCAGCGACGUCAAACGGAUGCUGAAGUGGCUGGCUGAGGCUGUCGGCCGUGGCCUCGAGCUGAGCGUCAACACAGAUACCCACAAAGAUGUCUCGGCGAUGCUGAACGUGCUGUUAAUCACCAUGGGCGAUGGAUACAUCGAUGUUUGCCUCGAUGCAGCCCUGGAGACAGCCACAUCGCAAGAGUCCGGCAAGAACGAGCCUGACUUUGCGUAUCUUCCGUCUGUCCGAACGACUAUCAGCAUCACUACGCUAAUGGUGAUGUGUGUGAAUGCAGUCCUGCUUCCUUUGGCUGCGGGCAGCAUUACCACACGAAGGGAUAUGGAGAAGCGCACGAGUCAAACGACCUCUCGUAUCGAGGAAAAAAUAAAUACCAUCCAGCAGAAGAUGAUUGAAGGUACCCUGGCGUGGGUGACCCGUCUACUCUCGACACAAAAGAAGAACGACUUCCGCCCGCGAGACACUGAUAAUCCGUCAUGGUUGGAGAUGCUACAAACGCCGACCUGCGCCUCAAUCUGCACAUUCCUAACCCGCCUCCACACAAUCGUCAAAACAACCCUCCCAACCAGCGGCGCCAACACCCGCCAAGUUCUCACAGAAAUCGCCAUGCGCACGCGCAACCUUUUGCUAGAUCAUUUCAAGAAAUUCUCCGUCUCCGGGCCCGGCGGCCUAAUGGUCACAAAAGACAUGACGCAAUACACCGACCUCCUCCGAUCAUGGGACAUAGACCCCGAAACGAAAGGGCCCGGCGGCGCGCUGGACGUGUUGCUGGAAGUGGGCAGCUUAUUCGUUAUUGGCGUUGAGGCGUUGCGCGAGCGUAUUCGUGGUGGUGGUGCGACGGCUGCUGGGGGUGCGCAAUCUGGUUCUGGGGCUUCGGCUUCGGCUUCGGGGUCGGUUUCGGGGUCGGGGUCGGGGUCGUCGUCGGCUGGACAGAGGCAGGAGGUUAAACUUAGUGUUAUGGAGGUUCGGGCUUAUGUUUCUAGGAGGGAGGAUUCGGGGUCGUUGGCUUUGCAGCAGGUUCUUAAUGCGUUGUAG